UACCGGCGGUCCACAUGCGUAAACAAGGAGCUGGGUAACUUCUAGAAGACACGACGUUAUUACAGUUAAUUUGACCUCUUGUCACACUUAAUAGAAGAUUUAUAAACAACAAAAUAGCGCUUCAAAAACAUAGUUUGAUCUAAAGAUGGCGUCCUCGGAGGGACAGUAUGACAGCGACGAUGGCAUGGACGCGUUGAUGGACAAUUUUAAGACCCACGGAUAUAAAAAUGGCUUCAGCGAAGACAACUGGGAAGAGGAGUUUGAUAACAUACCGAUGUUCAUGAAAAAACUCCCUGAAGAAAUUGACCCGAAAAAACACCCAGAGCUUGCCUGUCUGCAGGCGAUUAUCCACGAUGAAGACAGAACCCCAGAAGAGAUAGCACAGAGCCUGAAAGAUGAGGGAAAUGAUUUUUUUAAAGAGAAGAAGUACGAGAAAGCCGUAUUGUGCUACACAGUAGGUUUGCAGAAGAAAUGUGGAGACCAGGACCUCAACACCAUCCUCCUCACCAACCGGGCCGCGGCACACUUCCACCUGGGUAACAUGCGCUCUGCCUUGAAUGAUGCUGCAGCUGCAAAAAAGAUGAAACCAGACCACCUUAAAGCCCUGAUCAGAGGUGCACAGAGUAGUAUUGAGCUGCGUAAUUUUACAGAGGCCAUCCAGUGGUGUGAUGAGGGGCUCAAGGCUCAUCCCACUGACAAGAAGCUACAGGAGCUGAGAGCCACGGCAGAUAAACAAAAGAGAGCAGCAGACAGAGAUGCCAGGAAGGCCAAGCUCAAAGAAAAAAAGCUGCAUGGGGAGAAAGAAGCUCUUUUGGCCGCUAUAAAGGAUCGAGGCAUCAAGCUCCUCCAGUCUGCAAAGCCUCGUCAGCAUGGUUCAGACAGCGAGGGCGAGGACGAAGGCUCCGCAGCAGCAAUAUCACAGCUGAGCCUGGACGGCCUCAGCUCUCAGGAGGUCACGGGGGCUCAGGUCUUCCUGGACGAGCAGGGCUCUCUGAACUGGCCCGUUCUCUUCCUCUAUCCUGAACACCAGCAGACUGACUUCAUCUCUGCUUUCUGCGAGAACAACUGUUUCAUGGAUCACCUGGCGGUCAUGUUUGGAGAAGAACUUCCACCUUGGGACACGGACAGAAAAUAUCAGCCGAAGAAUUUGCAGCUCUUCUUUGAAGAUGAGGAGAAGGAGACACUCUACCAAGUAAACCCAGAGACGCCACUUUUAAAGGUUUUGCAACAUAAAAGGUUUUUUGUUAAGGCAGGCACUCCCAGCUUCAUUGUUUCGGUAAAGGGAUCGUCAUUCUGGAAGCAAUUUUUAAAGGGAAGGAAAUUACGAGCAAUGUAAGAAUCGUGACCUUCAAAUCGUGGGACUUUUAUUUGGGUAAAUUCUAUUUUCAACCCCAGAGGACUGACUUGUCCUUGAAAAAAACAUCAUGGACACAUAUUUCUGUCUCUUGUGGACAAAAGCAGGACACAGUGUUUAAUACCAAAUAUUAAUAUAAAUGAAUCUAAAAUGAGAUCUUUAAAAGUUACAGAUAUAAACUGUCUGAACGAAUAUCAACUGCAGAUUAAAAUGGUGCAAAUACAUUUUAUUCAAGUGUUAAAUUGGACAAAAGAAUGACAAACAAAUUUAACAAACAUGAAUUAAAACAACAGGUAAAAACAUGGUAGGUAUAAACAGCUAAUGGAAGUGCUUGUUAAGUAAACAAAAAGACAGUGAAGCCUGGAUAACAUGUGACUUUAUCCUGUACUUCUAAAGAGGACUAGUAAGUCUCUUCCCAUGUAUACCAGUAUGUCUGCUACAAGUCUCAGUUUGAGUCAACAAGAAACAAUUAAUUUGGACGUCAUGAUAAAAGUUUCUCAUUCUUCAAAGCACUGUUGACAAUAAAUAAAACAAUUGAAAGCAA